AUCCACCCUGGUUACUGGUGCACCUUAAACGCAGACUCUUUGAGAGCGGCUGGCCAAGAGAUAGGAGUAGAUCUAGUAGACUCUAGCCUUCAUUCCUUAGUGUGAGACCAGUGAAGCAAGAUUGACAAGAAAAAUGAAGUAUUUGACAGCCACUCUGGGACUUGUGUCCAUAGCAUUGGCCAUUCUGUAUCAAGCCACUACAGUACACAGUCAUGUCCGGUCCAUGGACCAAAAGGCGCAGAAAGAUUUGUUUGAUUACUUGAUAGCCAAAUCGGACAAAACGUCGCUUAGAAAGCCUCAGCUUAAGACAUACAAAUACAUUAAUUGUGGAGUUCCAUCAAGGGAUAUAGCCAAUCUGACGUCACUCGUCUUUGGCCCCGAUCCAAUUGUAUUUCCAGGUGUACUGUAUGUCCAGUUUGCGGUUACAAUUCACACGCUCUUGGAUGCUCCAAUCAAAGCUGUCGUGCUUAUGGAGAAGAAGGUAGGAGACAGCUGGCUCAAGAUCCCAUGCAUUGGUUACAUUGGCUCAUGUGAAUACGAUGACCUGUGUCAGCUCUUGGCUCAGAUCGGUGAAUGUCCAGAACCAUUUGUGGACGCUGGUGUCCCCUGUCAGUGUCCAUUCCAACAGGGUCAAUAUGCAUUACCACAGACUGAGUUUGAUGUUGAGAUUCCAAUAUUCCCAGCAGGCGACUACCACUUCAGGGCCAACUUGACUAAUAACGACAACUCAGUUGGGUGUGCCGAGAUUUUUGCGACAUUUGCUUAAGGGCCUUUUAAAGGCAUGGCACAAUAAAUUAUUGAAACAGUUGGUUAGAAAAUAAAAUGAUUAUAUAUGUCA